AUGGCAGCAACAGUAACAUUGUCAAGUAAAUCCUCGAUUGACAAACCACCGAAACAUUCUUCUCCAAUAAUUAAUGAAAAAGAAAUUUAUUCUCCUGAUUCAUCGUCAACAACUUUAUCACCGGAAUCGACACAUUCGAUUUCAUCACCUGAUAAAUCUUUUGUUGUUCAUGAACAACCACAAUCUAUUCGUCUUGUUGAUUAUUUUGUUGUUUGUGGUAUAAACAAAUAUGUUGAUGUUGAACCUUCGAUUGAUUUAACUCUCAGUGAUCAAGUAAUCAAUCCAUUUCAAUGUUCAUAUCGUUGUCGUGUUCUGUGUCAUUAUCCGAAUGAACUACCAAAUAAUCAAUUCGAUGAAGAUGCAAUCAGUCGUUUAUCAAUGCCGGAUGGUGUUUCUAUUCAACAGAAUUCACCCGAUCCACCAACGACACAUCCAUUUCUCAUCACGCGAUUGGAUGGAACACGUUACUACGGUGUGGCAUUGACAUUUUUCGAACAAUUAACUCAUGAUGAUGGAACAUAUCCAGAUAAUUCAUCUUCAACAGCAGUCAGUUCAUUGAAUCGUUUAAUUGAAGCGUAUUCUCGACAGCCACGUCGUUCGUCAACCGUCCUUUAUGCAAGUAAAGCGAUAUGUUUGAUUGGUCCAUUACCUCAUUAUUCAACAUUUAAACAUAUUUUGAAGCUUCUUUAUCGAAUGACCAGUGAACAUGAUCUGCUAGGUUUACCACUCGAAGCACAUUUAUACAAUAUUUUACAUGAAUUGCAUAUUCCAUCUCCAGCGUUAACUCAUUCAGUCCUGAAAUUUCGUGUCGGAGAAAGACAAUUAACAGUUUGGCAACCAAGUAUCAAUUAUGAUGAUUUACCUCUAUUAGAUUUUAAUUUGUUAGAUUUCUUUUCUCUUCUCGGUGUCGAAGGUGUUAUUGAUCUUGUUACAUGUGCAUUAUUAGAACAUCAAAUUAUUCUAAAAUCUUCAGAUUAUAAUCGCCUGAUGCUUGUUGCUGAAUGUUUAACCUCAUUGUUAUUUCCAUUUCAAUGGACUCUUCUCUAUGUUCCAAUUGUGUUUACUGCUGCUCUUGUUUGUCUGGAUGUUCCUGUUCCUGCCAUAAUGGGUCUUCGAAUCAAUAAAUCGACUGGUACUUCCGAUAAUCCAAAUUCUAACAAUAAUAAAGAUGAUGAUGAUAAUGACUCUGAUGCUUACAGUGAUACAAGUGAUGACGCCAACUUUGAAGUUCAGCGUUGUGUUGUUCAUAUCGAUACUGGACGAAUCCAAUUACCUGAUGAUAUGCCACGUUUUCCAGAUCGUUCGAUCUUUCGCGAUGAAUUAAAUGAAAUUUUAUCACGAUUUAAUAGUUAUAUAAAUAGGAACGAAUCAUCGAAGAAGAACAGCUUAGGAAAACAACGAAAAAGUCAGAAAAGUGAAGAUUGGACACAUGUUGAUAAUGAAGAAGUUGUUAAUGAGCCAAGUCAGGCAUUAUCACGCCUAUCUGCCAUUGCAAAACGUGCUGGAAUUGUUCUUAACAAAAACGAAGAUGAAAAUAGUAAUGAAUCUUUUUCUUUGUUCAAUGAAAACGAAUUGGAGAAACUUUCAGCAAGUAAUUGUUUACGUUCAUCAUUUAUCAACCGUUUUGCACAGUUAUUUUGUCAAAUGGAUGCAUUUAUAUGUUAUCCACCAUCAGGAAAAUAUGCAAAUAUUGAUCAAUGGUUAGCCCAACGUAGUACAACGAAGAAUUUUGAUCGAACAAUGUUCAUUGCUGAUCAACCAAAACCUCAUGUGCCUUUUUUACUUGCAUUUAUGGAAACGCAAUCAUUUGUAUCAUUUGUGGACAGUAAAAUUGCAGCAAGAUUCAAUGGAGAAAAUCUUCUUUUUGGUUUAACACAUAAACAUCUGCAAUUCUUUUCUGAGCGUAUUCGUUUGUAUCGUGAUCGUCGAGAUUUACCGUAUCAAAAGUGUCUAUCGAUUGAGUCAAUCGAUCGCAGUACGCGUCUUCGUUUUACUUCGCCUUAUCCACCAUCGUUAAUAAUCAUCAACGCAUCUCCUGUUCGUGCAUUGAAUAAUUAUAUUUCGUCAUCGGAAGUUUCUUAUUUGUUUGAAAAUCUGAAUGGAACGUUACUUGAAUCAUCUUCUUCGAUGGCAAUGCCAGCAUCUCCAAUGACACCGGGAAUUUCAGAUAGAACUGUUCGACGAACGCGAUCUUAUCAACAAAAACAUCCGCCAAGACGAAAAACAAGAAUGAAAAAACAGCAAACAGUCGCAACAAACGAACAACAACAUGUUGUUCUCGUCGAAAAUGAAGUUGUCUUCCAGCAAUUAUUGAAAGAAUGUACAAUGAAAACAAAACGGAUGGUUAUCGAAAAAAUGGAAGAUAUCGUUGAAGGAACGUCCGGAUUGAAAAAUCUCGAUUCGUCAUCAAUGUUUAAUUUGGAAGAAAAUGUUCUUAUAGCAGGUUUUUGUGAUUUACUCGAGCGAGUUUGGUCACACGGACUUAAUCAUAGACCAAGUGGAAAGUCUGCUCUUUGGAAUCAUAUUAAAUAUUAUGUUAAACUUAAGAAAUAUGAAGCAGAACCAUCGUACGGCAAUCUUCCAAUGAAUUACGCUAAAGACGAAGAUCCAGCGUUAGUUUGGUGUUUAAUGAGAAAACAGUUAGUUAAUCGUAGUGUAUCAGCUAGUCGAUCACAUUCGCCAAAUGGCCACCGUUCUCAUACUCUUCCACGUCCUUACAUGAGUCAACAUCAGCCACGUUCAUCUCCACUUCUUCAAAUGACCGGUUCAACAUUAAGUCUUAGUCCUUCGGAAAAUGUUCCUCGAGAUCAUCCAUCCAAUACAUCUAUUCUUCAUGAUUUUCGUUCGAUUCAAUCAUGUUUUGGACAAAAUCAUGUUUCUACCUCAGCAUCUGAAAUCGGUUUUGCUCGUGCUUUUGUCCGUUUAGCACUCGAACGGCGUCUUCUCUCUCGUCAUUUAUCUGAGCUCUUUGCUCACAGUGAUCUCUUACAAGUCUUAUAUAAACGUGAAGCGUUCUUACGUGCAGACGAUGGUGAUUUACGUAAACAAUUCUUAGCACAUGUUGAAUCGCUGCGUCUACUCGAUUAUAAAUGCUUUUCAAAUUCUUAUGCAGACAUUGAUAUAAUCUAUCAUAUUACAGUCGUUCCAGCAAAAACACGAACUACUGGAAUAUCAAGUACAACUGCAAAUCCGUACAUUGCAUUAGCAGGAGUGUUAGGUUCAACAAAAGUGGUCCCACUACUUUCGAAAAAUUCAUCUGAAGUUCGAUUGAAACAUAAAAAUUUGGGUCAAUUAACAACGCUACGAAUCGGCCAUGAUAAUUCAGGUUUAAUGCCACGAUGGCAUAUUGAUCAUGUUAUUGUUCGAAAUCAGUUAACAAAUAAUCGUUACCGAUUUCCAUGUGGUCGAUGGUUAGGCAAAGGUGUUGAUGACGAUAGUCUCGAACGAUUACUUUUUGUUGAUGCAACGGGUUCAUUUGAAAUGAAUGAAAGUGAUAAUAAUAAUUCUGUUUCCGAUUCCGCAUCACCAUCUCAGUUAAUGACAACAAGUUUAAUUGGUGGAGGAUCACAAGCAAGUUUAUCGGCUGUUGGACGAUCAAGAUCACCUAGUUUACGACGUGCAAAUGAUCAAAAUACUGUUCUUGGUUGGUUCUCGGAAAAUUUCUAUCGCCAAAAUCAAUCGAAUCACCAAGCCGAUGAUAUUUAUGAAUUACUGGGUCGAUCAAUUAAUCAACUGGUCAAAUAUUUUGAUGAAUCUGAGAAGAAGAGAGGAUUGAUCACCCCGAUCUUAUGUGGUGAAGAUGGUCUAGUGAACGCAUUGGAAAAAACACUUUCGUUUGGUUUGAAAAAGUCAAGUGGUAAUGUACCAUUUUUUGGUGGCGGUCGAAAACGAUAUGUGUGGGAUUUUCUAAUCAAAGUCAGCGACGAAUAUGAUGGUCGUCGAUCACAAUGGCAACGUAGCGGAAUGGAAAAAGCCAUUGUUUGUUAUAUCAACGGUGUUCGAUCCAUCGAAAAAGCUCUCGCCACAUUCGGUAAAGAUGGUCGCUUUCAAAGCUGGUGUUGCCUGGCUUGCAAAUUACAUUUAUUAUCGGAUUGGUUUCGAUUGUUAAGUCAAUGUAGUGAUGCAUGUCUAACGCAAUUCUAUGAUCCUGUGAAUAAUUGUUUCCGUCAAGAAAAACUUAAUCAGUUCAUUGUCAAUAUUCUCGAACCUGUUAAAGAUUUCGAUUUUGCUCAUUUAGAACCAGCACUACUAAAAGGUCUUGCUGGUGUUUGA